AUGGCCCCCAGGGGUGAUGGAAUACUUGAGUGGACAGAUGCAUUGGAGAGUGCUUUCAUUGACGUGUUGCUCGAGAAGUUCACAAGGACGCAUACUACAUCUUGGAAAGGAAUGGAUUGGCAACAAAUGAAUAAGGAGCUGGAAGAGCAAUUUCCAGGCACCACUCUCGGCAUCAAGAAGUUGCAGCAGAAGCUUCGAAGGCUGCGGACCCAAUACACGCAGUUCACUGAGCUUGUUUCGCACACUGGUGUCGGUUGGGAUGAGACAACCAACACGGUGAAGGCAAGUGCUCAUGUGUGGGACAAAUUUAUUAAGAAGAACAGUGGGUACAAGAGUUUCCAAGCAAAAGGCUUCAAGCAUUACAACUCAUUAAAUGAGUUGUUCAGAUCUAAGACAGCAACAGGUGCGUUACGAAUUUCGUCUGCAGAACCACCAAAGAGCCCAGAAACUUAUGCACGCAUGGAAGAAGACUUCCUAGCAGCAUCGGCAAAUCGGGGAAAAGAACCACUCAAUCUUGAAGAGGGCUCCGGCGAUAGUGAUGACCCGGUCCAUGAGGUUGCCGAACCUGUUGUUACAGCGUCCCGUCGGCAAGUGCGUAGAAGGAGUUCCAACGCUGACUCCCGAUUGCAAGAGUGCCUCGACAUGUUGAAGUGCAAUAUGAGCAAGAGGGAGAAGGAGAGAAUUUGUACCCCUCCGACAUCGAAGAGAAGUAAAUCUGUGACGAGCCCUCCGAAACCAGCUCCGGGUUCUAUCGAGGAGUCGAUGGCUGUACUGAAUGUUUUGCGUCCACAACUGUCCAUUGAAGAGUACCUCGUGGCCAGUGAUUGUCUAGCAAAGGAUGAGCAGACAAGGCGUAUGUUCAUGUGCUUGCUCGAUGAUACAAGGCUUCCAUGGGUUCGUCGCCUUGUUGCCCCUUGAGUGGGCAUGAUG